AUGUGUAGACUUUUCGUGAUAUUCAUUGUGGUGUCUGUUAUUGGGUUUAGUGCAGCCCAGAUUAACUUCACUCCUAAUUGGGGCAAACGAUCCCUUCCAAAUGAAGUCAAGACAGAAGAGGCAUCGAGCAGGGGUAACUACUGCCAUGAUGUCGAUGGCAAUGCCAUCAAGUUAGUCUACGAGAUCUUGAAAAGUGAGGCGAAGAAGCUGGUGGAAUGUGAAAGACUAUAUCGAAGUGAUAUCCAUUGA